AUGACAAUCCUUGAAAAACCACACCUUAAUCAGUUCGUGCAUCCCAUAAUUGACUCGGCAUUAUGGAUUUUCGCUAAAGUGAACUACAUACAUGGAGAAAUACCUUUGAAAGCCCUUAAGACCAAAGUACGAGCUGAUGGUGUAGGGUUCCUUAAUGACGUAGUCAACUAUCCUAUCAUCUGUGGCGAGGGGGCUAGACCAGGAGCAUCCCAGAAAAAAAGCAUUGAUGACGAUGAUAAAAAUGCCAAAAGCAUGAAAGCGCUUUACAACAAUAUUGUAAUAGCAGAAGCUGAUUCUCGUCACCAGCUUUUUACGAACCUGAAAAUAUACGGCCUGACUGCAUUUAAAACAGAAGUGUCACUCACAAUGAUGGAUUUUCGCAGCGUUCAUAGGUUGUUUGAGAUUGAUCAUUUCGGAAUACCGAAAGAUUGGAUUGAUAUGCCAAACUUUGUAUGGAUGUAUGAGGCUGUAAUUAAGUGGGCUUUAUGUGUCAAUUCAACACGAGAGGAGUUUAUUAAACAUAGAAAGAAAAGAAGAGCAACCCGAUACUCCGAGUCAACUCGCACUCCUCAAAUUCAUAAGGAUGAAGCUAACAUCUUGACUGAUGGACGACGCUAUCACAAGAAUUGGCACAACAGUCUCGGAAAAGGAAUUGAUGGUCGAGAACCAC